UUGAUCUUGCCGAACCUUGUUUUUUUAUUUACCAACGCGCUUCCGGAACAGGCCACGCCAUUUUGUUUAGAACAAGGACGCAAUGAGUGAUAACGACUUCCAAGAUUUUGAGCGUCAGCUCGCAGAAAAUCGGUCUGCAGAGAUUGAAAAAGACAAAGGCAGCAACAGAAGACGCUCAAGGUCACGUUCCAGAGGUCGGAGGUCACGAAGUCGAGAAAAGAAAAGAUCCAGAUCUAAGGAUAGAGAAAGAAAGCGAAGAUCAAGAAGUCGAUCAAGGGAGCGUGGCAGAAAGAGGAAGAAGCCUUACAAGUACUGGGAUGUCCCCCCUGCCGGGUUUGAACAUAUGUCACCAAUGCAGUAUAAAGCUAUGCAAAGUGCUGGCCAAAUUCCACAGGCUAUAUCUGUUCCGAAUGUAGCCCUGACUAAUACAACAGUUCCCUUUGCUGGCAGUGCCAUCAGCCGACAAGCUAGACGAUUGUAUGUGGGCAACAUACCAUUUGGUGUUACUGAGGAAGCCAUGAUGGAUUUCUUUAAUCACCAAAUGAAGAUGACAGGAUUAGCUCAGGCUGAAGGAAGUCCGGUCAUUGCUGUCCAGAUCAACCUGGACAAGAACUUUGCCUUCUUGGAGUUCCGCUCUGUGGAUGAAACUACCCAGGCCAUGGCUUUUGAUGGUAUCAACUUCCAGGGUCAGUCAUUAAAAAUCAGACGCCCCCGAGAUUACCAGCCCCUCCCGGGAAUGGCAGAAACCCCCUCCGUCAAUGUGCCAGGAGUGGUAUCUACUGUGGUACAGGACUCACCACACAAAAUCUUCAUUGGUGGACUGCCCAACUAUCUGAAUGAGGAUCAGGUGAAGGAAUUGCUGACCUCCUUUGGACCAUUGAAGGCCUUUAACCUGGUAAAAGACAGUGCCACAGGCUUGUCUAAGGGAUACGCCUUCUGUGAAUAUGUAGACCCCAAUGUCACAGACCAGGGCUGUGCAGGGCUGAAUGGUAUGCAGCUAGGAGAUAAAAAAUUAAUUGUACAAAGAGCCAGUUUAGGUGCAAAGAACUCUCAAGUGCCGGUUCAGCUCCAGAUUCCUGGUUUGAACCUGAACCAGGGAGCGGGUCCUCCUACAGAGGUUUUGUGUCUGAUGAACAUGAUCGUCCCCGAGGAGCUGGAGGAUGAGGAGGAAUAUGAAGACAUUUUGGAAGACGUUAAAGAGGAGUGCUCGAAAUAUGGAGUGGUGCGAAGCAUUGAAGUCCCAAGACCUAUCAAAGGGGUGGAAGUUCCAGGGUGUGGAAAGAUUUUUGUGGAGUUUAAUUCUAUCAUCGACUGUCAGAAAGCACAGCAGGCUUUGACUGGGAGAAAGUUCUCUAAUCGUGUCGUGGUGACCUCAUACUAUGACCCAGACCAAUACCACAGAAGAGAGUUUUAAAUCGAGACCAAUCUGUAUUAAUAAUACUUUUCAUUUGCUAACAAUUUGAAUUUCGUCCUCAUUUUUUAAUUCACUAUAAAGACUUUUUUCAGCUGACGAAAAAGUUUUCAUUUCAUACACAAUUAAUUCAGUAUGUUGUGUGGUAUAAUUUUAAAAUGUAAUAAAUUUUGUUCAGCCUC